AUGGAGCAGAGAAAUAAGCAAUUAGAAGCUCAAGCCCAAGUGGACAUAUGGAAGUACAUAUUUGGCUUCACAGACAUGGCCCUAGUUCGAUGCGCCAUUGAGCUUAACAUACCCGACAUCCUCGAAAACCAAGCUGGUCGCGCCAUGUCUCUCCUCGACCUAUCCUCUGCCGUCGGAUGUCCCCCUUCUACCCUCUAUCGAGUCAUGCGGUUUUUGGUUAACCGCCGUAUCUUCCACGAGGAGACAAUAGUCGACCCGUUGAUGUUAUCCAAUUCCAAGGGAUAUGUCAAAACUCCUCUUUCAUGUCUUCUCACAAAAAAUGGUGAGAAAAGCAUGGCCUCUUUUUUCCUGUUCGAAUGUAGUCCUUUCAGGUUUCCCUUUUGGCUGGACCUAAGCAGGCGUGUUCUGACCGACUGCAAGUCCAACGCGUUUGAGGCUUCAAACGACAAGGAUUUUUGGAGCUUCUUGAAGGCAAAUCCAGGGCCCAACAAGCUGUUCAACGAAGCGAUGGCAUGUGAUACCAAGUUUGUAGUCCCGGCAGUGAUCGAGGGUUGCCCCGAGGUGUUUCAUGGACUAGAGUCGUUGGUCAAUGUUGGAGGAGGGAAUGGCACGGCAUUGAGGAUGUUGGUGGAGGCUUUUCCAUGGAUUCGUGGCAUUGUCUUUGAUCUUCCACAUGUUAUUGAAGACGGAGAAAAAUGUCUUGGUUUUGAGUAUAUUGCGGGUGACAUGUUCCAAGCUAUUCCCAAUGCCGAUUCCGUGUUCAUGAAGUGGAUUUUACACGAUUGGGGAGACGAAGAAUGCAUCAAGAUCCUAAGAAACUGCAAGCAAGCCAUACCUCAUGAUAAAGGGAAGGUGAUAAUAGUCGAGGCACUAAUUAACGAAGAAAAUGAGAUUGAAAGUGACGGUUUUGAAUAUGUGAGGCUAACUAUGGACAUGGGUAUGUUGUCCCUAAUGGAAACGGGCAAAGAAAGAACAUUGAAAGAAUGGGAACUUCUACUCGCUCGAGCAGGCUUCUCUCGACACAUUGUCCAUCGCAUUCGAGCCGCUCAAUCUGUGAUUGUGGCUUAUCCUUGA